GGAGACGGCAGAGGACACAACUUCUGACAACUCUUUCAGCUCGGCUCACAGCUUUCAAAAGGUUACCCUCUGAAGAAUGGACGUUAACAACACUACACAGGACAACAGCAUCCUCACCAUUCUACCUCCAAUACCAUUAGGCUAUAAUAAUAAUUACACUGACUUCAUCACAUAUGUGCUGACGUGCAUCAUCAUUGGCAUCGGCCUUCUUUUGACCCUCAUCGCCAUCUACUCUCUCUACUCUCAGGUACGAAAUGAUCACGUUGCUCCGAUCUACGUCAUGAACCUUCUGAUUUCUGACCUCAUCCAGCUCUGCUGCAUGAUCUGUGACGUGGCACAAACUACGAGCUUUAUGAUAUCCUUGAUAGGCAGCGAUAUUUACAGCUACAGUCUGAUGACCAGUGUUUUCUUUAUGGUGUGCAUCGCCCUGGAAAGGUAUUUGCUGAUCGUCUUCCCACUGUGGUACCGCUGCAGACGAACCACCAAGUCCACUGUGGUGAUCUGUGUCGUGGCCUGGGUCCUUCCUUCUCUCUUCUUUUUCUCUUUAUUUUUUGAUGUUAAUGUUUACAUUCCACAAAUCAUCUCCACUGUCUUUCUGCUCCUUCCCUUCCCACUUCUCAUAUUCUUCUGCUGUGCGACUCUCAAAGUCCUGUCUGCCUCCGUCUCGAUCCUGCCUGAGGAAAAACAACGAAUUGUAGCAACUUUGGUCCUGAUGCUGCUAAUUUACACGCUGCUUUUCCUGCCCUACAUCGUGUGUUCGAUAGUAUGGAAUUACACAAAUUACAAAUCACUAAUUAAGCCUCUCUUGGACCCUCGUGCGUUUCUUAAGCUGAAUCCUCUUGCAGACUUGAUUCUGUAUAUUUUCAUGAAGAAAGGGGCCCUAGACAAGCUUUUGGCCUCUGUGUGUUGUUGCAGAGUUGAAGACAAAGAUGUCAGCACUCUGGAAAACAGCACUAAUGUUUAG